CCAGCAUGCUCUCAGUGACUGUUCUUGAGUGCGUUAGUCUCCCAGCGAGUUGACAGAACUGCGCAUGUUAUAACUAAUUCCCAACGCGACUACGGUUGCUCUCCGCCUCUGCUCUAAAACAAAUAGAGCCUCGUGAGAGCUCCUCGUUCGCGACACUCCCUGGCACUACGACAAUACGUUUCAUGGAUAGAAAUGUACGAAGAUUUAUGCUACUCCAAAAAAAGAAAGCAACUGAUUGAAAUGAAACCGCAAUUGGGGACACUCCGACGGGAGCAUAUGGAGACCUGAAGGAGGGCACCCAACGAGGGUAACGUUUCGGCAGGGAUCUCUAUGGGUGUGAAGAUUCCGCUUUCGAUCACUCUGUGGCUAGUCCACCAGAAGGACUUAUCCUCAAGAGUUGUCAAUCCCUUCAGGUCGACAAUAUUAUAGUAUUUGGUGCCGUGUGGGAUUGUCUGCCGCCCGAGGAAUAAAUGCGUUCCUACCAUCAUUCAAGUACUCCAAAUUCCAUAUUCCAUAUAUAGGAAUGCUUCUUUAAUCACCAUCACCGCAUGCUUCAGCCACAGACACAACAGGCACAUUGAUUAGAGUUUGCCACUCUUGAUGAACACAACAGCAUAACAGAUAUUACAGGCACACUGGACUGGGGAAAGCAACUUACUUACAAAAUGCAGGAUUUGGACUGAGGAUACUGGAUAAGCAGGGCUUACCGUGCUAUCUCUGAUGCUUUACCUUAAUUUGGUCGAAAGGAGCGGGGAUGGUGGAGCGACUGAUAAGAGCACCCAAGCUACAAGUAUGCAUGGCGUGAACUUCGGAUCCGAGAUGCGUGGUCUUCGAUGUUGGAGAAAGGAAGCUGGUGUCCAUUUCGAAAUUCCUAGAUUCCACGGCUCGCGCCCCCGUUCACCAUCUCGAGGCGUUCCCUCUCCAUCACCACCCCGAUAAUGACAAUGUGAAACAAAGCCUCAUCGAGUGUGGUCACAAGUUCUACCAUUUGACCGGCACGCAAACCAGCCGCUGUCAAGGCAGUGCCUGCUUCGUAGCGAGCGAAAGGCCGGUCAACUCAAUGUUGAUAUCCGCAACGCCAUUGAUACUGCAUUCUUCAACGAGAUGAAUCCAAUCUAUCCCUGACCAGGGAUCGACAAGGAAACUCCAAGACGGGAAAGACCGUGUAGAAUGCAACGGUGUCGAGUUGGCCAACGUCAAAGACGAGGACGUGCUGAUAUGCUGUCCAACGAUUCCCGGGUUCAGUUUCGACAAGAAGCUCUUCCAACCUUCGACUUCAAUGUAGCUAGUGAACAACCCUGGCAGAUCAAGGAAAACUCUUGCAGGGGGAUGAGAUAUAAGAGUGGAUGAACUCUAAGUUAAAUCUUAAGGCUCGCCAUUGGUCUCUAUGUCCGUCCUGAUCGUACAGUGUGCACGCAGAUGGUGAAAGACGCUUGUGAAACGAAGCUCCUUUGUCUGGCAAGGAAUAACUCGGUUCCGGACCCCCAACCCUGCUUGAAAUUACAACACAUCAGAACAGGAAAUAUGCGACGGUGAAGUGCUUUCUGGCCAUAAGGUGUUGCUAGUCGACUACCUACACCCAGCCAGUAUUGAGGUCGCCACUACUACCGGCAAGAAAUAAAGACUCGGAAACGAGACAGCACUUGCAGGCGAUAAUGCAGUAAGGAAUAAGAAGUGUCGACUUCAAAUAUACAUCUUGUCACGAAGUAUUAGGGCGAGAGUACGCGGGAGAAUCGAUGGAAAAGCAGGGCAAGUUUUAGUCGAAACGGCUUUCAUUACGCCGCAUUCUAACCGACUUGCAAUACGUUAUUUGGCCCUCUGCGACCUCCUGUCCCUCGCCUAAUUUCAAAUUCUGUCGUCUAAAUCAUCGGCUUCACAAUUAAAGUCGUCAGUUUUC